GCGGCCGCCGCCGCCGCCGCCGCGGGCCCGGAGCUCAUUUGUGCCUGGCUGGUCCCUGCGCUCCCCGGUGCCGAGCCGGAGCCGUUGGCCGCUCGCGCGCUUGGCUCUCUCCCUUAGUAACAGCUCCCCUCCUGCCUCGGUGCUGCGCCCUGCCCCCGCGCCCCUCCCCCGCCGGACCCGCCGCCCGGCUGUCAGCGCCCGCACCCCAGGGCGCCUAGGGGUGCCGACGGCGGCCAGGAGGGGAGCGCCGCGCGUCCGGGAGGGGACAGCGUCGCCAAGCAGGUUAGCCCUGAACUCCUGAUCUUCCUACCUCAGUCUCCUGAGUGCUGGCAUUAUAGCCUCAGCAAUUUGUGUUUGGUGGUCAGAUAUCCAGUUGUACAUCCUCACAUCAAUGCACUGCCAAUGAACGAAGCUGCCACGACUCUGCUGAUCCAGCUGCUGCCGCCUCUUUGUUCCCGAGGGAGAAGGUGACCAAACUGCCAGCCACGCUUCUCAGUUGCUCGCUGACACCGUCCAAGAGAGAGCAAGCCCCCAACCCCCCUUCUCUUCUGGUCACGUCUCUCCAGAGAAGACCGUGCCCAGUGGGCCAAGCCACUCCUUACAAUUGGCUAGCAAGCUGCUGUCAAUAAUUCCGGGUUAUAUCCUGUGUUGUGACCUCAUGGUUUAAGUGGAAAUAAAGAUGAGUAUAAGCAGUGAUGAGGUCAACUUCUUGGUAUAUAGGUACUUGCAAGAGUCAGGAUUUUCUCAUUCCGCGUUUACCUUUGGUAUAGAGAGCCAUAUAAGUCAGUCCAAUAUAAAUGGUGCCCUUGUCCCACCUGCUGCAUUGAUCUCUAUCAUCCAGAAAGGCCUACAGUAUGUAGAGGCAGAAGUUAGCAUAAAUGAGGAUGGCACCUUAUUUGAUGGCCGACCCAUUGAGUCUCUGUCCCUGAUAGAUGCUGUUAUGCCUGAUGUAGUCCAAACAAGACAACAAGCCUACAGAGACAAGCUUGCACAGCAGCAUGCAGCCGCUGCUGCAGCUGCCGCUGCAGCCACUAACCAGCAAGGAUCUGCAAAAAAUGGAGAGAAUACAGCAAAUGGGGAGGAGAAUGGAGCACAUACCAUCACAAAUAAUCACACCGACAUGAUGGAAGUAGAUGGGGAUGUUGAAAUCCCUCCCAAUAAAGCAGUUGUGCUUCGGGGCCAUGAGUCUGAAGUUUUCAUCUGUGCCUGGAACCCUGUUAGUGAUCUCCUGGCAUCAGGGUCUGGAGACUCCACAGCAAGAAUAUGGAAUCUCAGUGAGAACAGCACAAGUGGCCCCACGCAGCUGGUGCUCAGACACUGCAUACGGGAAGGAGGACAGGAUGUUCCCAGCAACAAGGAUGUCACUUCUCUAGAUUGGAAUAGUGAAGGCACACUUCUAGCAACUGGGUCAUAUGAUGGAUUUGCCAGAAUAUGGACUAAAGAUGGUAAUCUUGCCAGCACCUUGGGGCAGCAUAAAGGCCCUAUAUUUGCAUUAAAAUGGAAUAAGAAAGGAAAUUUCAUCCUAAGUGCUGGCGUAGAUAAGACUACCAUUAUUUGGGAUGCACACACUGGUGAAGCUAAGCAGCAGUUUCCUUUCCAUUCAGCCCCAGCACUGGAUGUUGACUGGCAGAGCAACAACACCUUUGCAUCUUGUAGUACAGAUAUGUGCAUUCAUGUCUGCAAAUUAGGACAAGACAGACCUAUCAAAACAUUCCAGGGACACACGAAUGAAGUAAACGCUAUCAAAUGGGACCCAACUGGCAAUCUCCUGGCCUCGUGUUCCGAUGACAUGACCUUGAAGAUUUGGAGUAUGAAGCAAGAUAACUGUGUUCAUGAUUUGCAAGCACAUAAUAAAGAAAUUUAUACUAUUAAAUGGAGUCCAACAGGACCAGGGACAAAUAAUCCAAAUGCCAACCUUAUGCUAGCAAGUGCAUCCUUUGAUUCUACAGUUAGGUUAUGGGACGUAGACCGAGGGAUUUGCAUCCAUACUUUGACAAAACACCAAGAGCCCGUGUACAGUGUGGCUUUCAGUCCUGAUGGCAGAUAUCUGGCAAGCGGUUCUUUUGACAAGUGUGUGCACAUCUGGAACACACAGACAGGUGCUCUAGUUCACAGUUACAGGGGAACAGGUGGGAUUUUUGAAGUUUGCUGGAAUGCAGCAGGAGACAAAGUUGGAGCCAGUGCAUCAGAUGGUUCAGUUUGUGUCUUAGACCUUCGGAAAUAGCGUUACUAGUUGGAAGCCAUGGACCGACUAUGAAUGUGUACAUAGCCACAAGACUAUCCCUGACCCACGUACUGCUAUAGUCCCACUUGAACCAUGGCCAGUCCACUACAGCCAAAUCUAAGAGAAAUAGAUACAUGCAGUGUAUAUGAACACAGCUGUACCCUGAAGAUGACAGUCUCAUCCCAGCUUGUGAAUUCUGCUCACCAAGUGCUGGGAUCUAACCUGCUGUGCCCCUAAGUAGCAGUUAGAAGUUUGGAUAUGAAAAGCAGAAGAGAUGGAAUAUGCGUUAUAAGAGCAAACCACACAUGUACCAGUUUUGGACAUUAUGACAGCCUUGUUUCUCCCCUUUAAAUCAGCAGACACCAUGGAUUAUAUUCUUUUCCCCUUCAGUAGUGCACAGUUUGUAUGUACAGAGAACAUGGACUUAACAAAAAUGCGAGGCAGUAGUUUGUUCUUGCUUUCAAGUUUGUUUUGGUUUAGAUUAUGGAUGCAUGAAGUAAGGGAGUGAAUCAUUUUCUUGCUUUUAUUUUUCCUCACCUUUUAAAGAAACAAAAAAAUAUUUUACUGCAUUCUUUGGAAAAGGUAGAUGUUUGGUACAUUUUAUGGCUCCCAGAGCAUAUAUUCAGUUGGUGCAUAUUGUGGAGGAGUUGGAAUUAAAGGAAACCACAUGACUCUCGUCAUGUUAUUCUCUAAGACACAUCAGCAAAGGGUAUUAUGUUAUCUUUGUUUUGGGUUUUUUGUUUUUGUUCUUUGUGUGUGUGUGUGUGUGUGUGAGAGUGAGUGUGAGUGUGAGUGAUGUGGCUUAAAUAAAAUAGUUUCUUCUUGGGGACGCAUUUCUGCCAACUAAAGACUAGAAGGGCACAAUUUUUUUUUUAAAUACCAUAAAGAAGAGACUUUUUUUAAAAAAAUUCUUCUGGUGUUUUGUAGCCAUAACAAAAUUAUGGUCAAAAUGUGCACUAUUGUGAGAAGGAGCAACAUAGUUUGGGGCUUUUAUUUUUAUUUUUUAUUUUACCAUUUGUCUGUUUUACUUGUUUCUUAAGAGAUUAAAAUGUUUCUGGAUAAGGAUUAGCUUCUCAAAGUGUCCAUCAUUCUGUAUAGAAGCUUAAAUAUGUAAUGUAACCAGAUUCCAGUAUUAAAAAUCUCACGUUAUUUUUCUUUUUACAAAGCAAGAUUAUGGCAUAUAACACUGCCAUCACAUGGCAAAAUGUUUGCUACCUUAGUUUUAAAAACAACUUUUAAAGGCUUGCUUUGAGGUGUUUUGAGUAGCAGUGACUGAGAAUUUAGGGAGAAGUGUGGCCGCUGUGCCUGCGUCUGUGGUGCCGAGGCUGCACUUUGUCAAGCAACAUAGAUCUAAGCUGCUGUUUUCCAGUAAUCACUACUAUAUCAUGUCUUUUACUCUGUUUAUAUCAAGUAUUUUUUUAAAGAUAGAAGUAUCCAAUCAAAUCUCUUCUUGUGCUCAGCUAAAAGUAAAAUAUACCUACAAAUAUUCACCAGAGGCCAUGUUUGUGAAGGUGGUUAAGAAGACAGUCAAGAUUAACAGAAGAAUCCAGGCAUGUCAGUUCUGAAGAGAACAGUUGUCAAAUUUAUAUCUUUAAAUUUUUUAUUAAGAAAUUGCUUAGCAAAUUUAUAACACUAUUUGUGCAACUAGUUAUUUUGAGGCCUUUGACUCCUGAGUCCCAACCUGUGUUCUGUCUAAGCGGCUCUAACCCAGCCUUGCAGCUUUGAAGCUCAGUAUCUGCUGCUUUGCUCUUUACAAAACAGCAUUGAUUGAUGAAAGUCUUGGCAUCACUGAGGUAGGGUGGCAUUUGUUUUUGGUGAAGAGGAUGAAUACACUUAAAUUUCACUAUACAUUGUUAUAUCUCCCCCAUUGUUGUUAGUGGGGACUAUGAUACUGUAAUAAUAUUUUUAAAAUUUGCAUCCAGAGAGGCAGUCAUUUAUGGUUUGUGCCAGGUAUUUUUAGGGUUGGAUCACACUGAGAUGUUUAGAGCUCACUGCUCUGGGGCUCUGUAGGAAAUCUACAAUGCCAAGUGUCUGGCACUUGAGAUUCUGCUUUUACUUCGAGAGGUCACAUCUGUUGGCCUCUGUUGUUGUUUAAAAAAAAUAAUAAAUAAGUAAAAAAAAUCUGUGCAAUAAUUUUUAAAUGUGCUCCCAGGAAUAGACACAAACGUUUUGAGUUGCCUCAGCUGCAUCUCCUUCAGCGAUGCGUUUGUCAAUUGCACUGAAUCUAAACCUGAAGGUCAGAGGUGAUUAUUGAUAGUGCUUUUGUAUUUUGAUAUGGACAUUUUGUUCAUUUGCAUACAGUCAUUGACAUUCUUCCCAGCUGAUUCAAAGACAGUCACAAAUUCCUGCAAUACAGCUGCCAAAAUGACAGCUGAAUUUUACGAUAUUGUCUUGCUUCCUGUUGGGUGUGUUUGUUGAUUUGGCUUCUUUUCCUAAUUCUUUCUUUGGCUGUUUGACUUCAGCACCUAGCUGUGAUAGGAUGUGUAACAGAGCGUGAGUGCAGAACUUUGCUGUCCCGAAGCCGUGGGUCCUCCCGUGCAGACUUGUCUGAAGGUGUCCAUCUUUAGGCUGGUUCUUUGUGAGCAUAGGACUGGGUGCUUUGCUGCUCUUCUCUCUGUCACCGUAGCCUGCUGACGUGCCACAAUGCUGCUCCACAGACACCGCACCGUGUCUCCACCCGAGCAGUCAGAUGAUCACGGGAGACCAUGUCACACAGCAUAUGAAGUUCUGUCUUGUUUUUUUUUUACUUUCCCUCUUGUCUUUUUCUGAGAGCUUACUCUGGAGAUCCACUGAGUCCAGGAGUCUUUCUAUGGUGUUCAUUUAGAUCAUUUGUUUUAUACUUUACUGUAAGGAACUUAAUCAUAAGGAAAGAGAAUAAGGAGACUUAAAUGAAAACUCUUUGAUUAAAGUAGACUAGAGGGAGCAGCCUUUAAAAGCAAGAAGGAAUCUGCUCUCCAUGUGGAGACCCCUGGAGAUGUAGAUCUGCCCUGUUUCUGUUUUCCAUGACCAGGUAAUAUCAUUGACUUUCAAAUGACUUUAGAAGUGGUAACUGGAAUAGGUCUUAGAGUGUAGCAAAUUCUGUUUUCAUGAGUUAUCCUCUAGGUGAGUAUGUUUUAGGAUUAAACACCUUUUACAGAUACUGAAAGUGCCUCCUUUUGUGGUAUAAAAAAAAAACAAAUUAUGGUGCAAAAAGUAAUCAAUAGAUUGAAUCACAUGAAGGUUUUUUGCUUUUUGACAUUAAAAUGUCAAGAGACAGGCCAAAGAUUUGUACUUUUCACUUAUAAAGCACUCCUUUUUUCCUUAAGAUUCUUUCUGUCAAAUCAGAUUUAAUGAGAGAGUACUAUUUUUAAGGAGCUAUCUGUUUAUGUAGAAUGAUUUUGUUAAAAAAGAGUAAUGUAAAAUAUGAAUGAGGAGCAGAGACCCACACCCACAGAGGACUGGACAUUUUGCUGUUUAAUGGAAUCACAGAUGACCAGGCUUCUGCAAGCAGACAUGACAAGUGUCACCAGAUGCAUAGGAAAACCAUCUCAGACAGUGCUGUCUUGCUCUUUUAAAGACCAUUUAUGUUUUUGUAAGCAUGUUGCACAUUUCCACAACAGCUGGAUUCCCAUGAGCUAAGAGCUGUACUUGCAUAGUUGCUGCAGAAAUCCUGCCUCCGUGGACCAACAUCGUGGCACACCAGCAAAAGCCAGCGUUGGGGGCUGGCAGCCAGCCUACAGAGACCCUGGGGGUGAUUUUUCAUUUGUUUUUUGGUUCCCUCCCUUUCUCUGAAAUCAGCAAGGAGGGAAGGUAUGAACUACUUCCAGUAAUAGCUCUGAAGUAUCUGUCACACUUAAUAUCAGUUUUUUUGUUUUGUUUUGAUUUGAUUUGUUUUUGGUUUUUCGAGACAGGGUUUCUCUGUGUAGUUUGGUGCCUGUCCUGGAUUUUGCUCUGUAGACCAGGCUGGCCUCGAAUUCCCAGAGAUCAGCCUGGCUCUGCCUCCUGAGUGCUGGGACUAAAGGCGUGCGCCACCACCGCCUGGUUUAAUAUCAUUUUUUUAAUAUGUGAUUCUAAUUGAAUGUAGAAGAGAGAAAAAAAGGAAGUGCUCACAUUUAUAAUCCACUCAUUUAGAAUCUGGUGUCGUCUUUAGCAGUUCUGAGGUGUCCAUAGCAUUCUUUAUUUCUGCUCUUCUGUGACAGUGUUGAAGCAGGGUGAAUAACUAGGCUUUUUUUUUUUUUCUUUUUCUUUUUUAAACCUACCAAGCUGUUUCGUGUUUUCUUUGGAAUUUCUGGAUAAGUUGGAGGAAACAUUCUGCAUGUUGUGUCCUGUGUACUUCUUCAUCUCAUUACAAACAGGCAGACUUCAUUGUGUGUCUCUGCCGUCAUUAAAUACAGAAGUGAUUUUUCUCUCCUGAUUUUGACAUUGUCACUAUAUAUAAUGUUUUCAUUUGGGUUUGGCAAAUCCUUUGGGUCUGAUUCUGUGAGCAUAUCCUAGCACUGGGUGAUGAUGUCUGCAUCCUUUUUAGUUCCUGAGUUAACGUUAAAACUGUUGUAAAAGUGUAAACCAGCCCAUGACAGGUUUUUUUUUGUACAUGUUAAAGAACUUUAUUGUUCAGUUUUCAUGAUGAUUGUGUAAGGAAGACUGAUACAGAUGUCUAUCUCUCCUGGACCAUGUCAAUGACACUUACGAUGUAUUUUGGUUCCACAUCGCGAUGAUUUGUCCCCAAUGACCCUUUGACCCUUUCCAGGCACAUUUUUUUUUUGUGUGUGUGUGUGUGUUGUUACAGUUUUCCCCUUUGCAUUGUAUUGCUUUGACAACUGUAAUUUGAAUCAGAUCUGAAAGAGGUCCAGAAUAAAAUAUAUUUUGAUAUUAUGUUGGCUGUGUACAUAUAUAAAACCUUUGAUACCGAUGUGGUUUGUAUAGACUAUUUAGUCAAGUAAAGAGAGGGAUGGUGUUUGUUUACAAUUUCCUGUUUACAUUUCAAUUGCUUUUAUCUCCCACUGUUCAGUGUAGAAUAAAUGAUUUUGCUCCAAGAGUCUUCCCUACUACAACCUAUCUGUCCUAGCUCUAUCUCCAGUGAAUAUAACUGCCAUGGGAAUCACUGUUUUCAUAAACAUUGUUUCCAAAAUGUAUACUUUAAAGAAGUCCAUAGAUGAAAUUAAAGUUUUUGCUAUUUUAUUACUUCUUGCAGGGGAUAAGAUUUUUUAAAAUGAAGGGAUUAUUUUCUAUAUUUGUUAAAUAAUAGCAUGUAAUCAGCUAAAGGAUAAUGAUACUCCUGAGUGAUUUUGAAAAACAGAUUGUUUAUUUAGAGGAUGUCUCACAUGAACUAAGACUUCAGAUUCACUGUUAGCUUAACAUGCAGUGACACAAGACACACCAAGUGUGUGGCUGAAGGCUUUCAGGGCAGGAACUUCUCCCUCCACAUAAACCAAGCAUACUGCAAAAGUUAGCUAAUUGCUUAUAAUACGUAAAACCUUAUGAUCUAUGAGGAAAGUCUCAAAGCACCCCUCCCAACCUCCGUUACUCUCAACACUUCUGUAGUUACAGAGACUUUGUCAAAAUAAAACCAUUGGAAAUGUUCUUCAUUUUCUUGGUCAAGUUGCCUUCUCCAUGUCCUCCACCUUUCUUAAGUUUCCUUGAUAGGAACAGGCAGAUAUAGCCUUGUUAUGCUGUCACUGCAGUUGCUAAAGCUAACAACCUUUAGUUUUCAAGAGGUUAACUUCUAUAGCAUGGCAUAGGUUGUUAAUGACAUCGUUUUUAUACUUUUCCAGAAAGCAUUGGGCUGCCAAGGAUUAGAGUCCAUAUGAGCCUGAAGUUAAGCAGAAAUUCAUUGAGCCACCAUUGCAGGGGGUUACUUUUAAUUUCCUAGUUCUCAUACUUUACCAUGAAUUAGAUUUCUUACCUACUAUAAUAUGUAGCUGAUUAGGUUAAAGUUUACUGGAUUUUUUUCCUAUAUAUUCAUUUGAAAACUACAGUAGAGGAAAAGCCAUAAUGGACAGACACUUGGUUUUGUGGUGCUUUUCUCUGCUGUACUGAGGCUCUGUCAACAGUGAAAAUGUUAACCCUAUGCUAUCUUUCCCUGCAUGCUUCUUUAAAUGUCAUCUAUCAAUGCUUAAUUGUCCUAACUUGUAAUAUUUUUGUAUUAAAUUUUUUAGGAGUUCCUUGUAAUUUCUUUAUAAUUUAAAAUAUAUUAAACACAAAGUGUUUAGUAAAGUC